AUGUCUUCACCGAGAAAACGUAGAAUCGACUCUGAUGCUGAGUGCAAAACUCCAACCAAACUUAAGAGAGUAAGUGAAAAGUGAAAAAUUAUUGUCGUUUUUAUUUUCUCCUUUGUCUUGACUCUUCCACAGAUAGGUUUUAGCAAAUGUAGAUGGAUAAUAUUUAAUUCUUGAUUUAGGAGGAGUUGGAGGAGCGGCUAAGCGACUCUAUUAAGCGAAACAAGGCUGUUCUGAAGUUGGAUUGGGCUGAACUGUCACAAGACUGCGAGGGGACUGAAGUUGAAAGCCAUGUUCAUAUUGAGAUGAGUACUGAGGUCGAAGAAGAAUCAGUUGGGGUCAGGACAAGAUCGAGGAAGAAUAGAACUCCCAAGAGAAAUGCUGAUGCUGGUAAACCAAAGUAAGCUUUGAUUUCCUUUUCAAGAUUUUAGGUAUUCUUCCAAUUUGGAGAUUCGUUCAAUCUAAUAUCUGAUUUAAUUUAGGUUCGAGAAAGUUUUGGAUCUGACAGCGGCUAUGACGACCGUUCAAGACGAAAGAAUUCAAAAGCUAAAGAAGGAUAAGAAACGGGCGGAAGAGGGCACUCCCUCCAGAACUUCUCGACAUGCGAAUAAAGGGUGUGAAGACAGAAAGAGACAACAUUCAGUGAGCUCUGUGGCUACCAAUGAUCCGGCGACUCCUGGUAGCUCUCGGCCAAGAAGGAAGAAUGCUCGAGUUGACGGGACUCCAACAAGUUCCAGUCGUGCUAAUUCGGCUGUUUCAUCUCCACGGACACCUAGGAAUCUUUCUCAAAGGUAAAUUAAUGUUGUAGAAGUUAAUUUUAUGGGUUCAGACUUCGUUUGGAAGACACUGUUAGUCCAAAGCCUAAGGAUGACUAUGUUGACCCCAAGCUCGGAUGGUGCGAGGAUGAGGCUACUUUGAAACGAAGGACCAAGGUCGGUAGUACAUGGUUAUAAUAGAGUACUUUUAAGUCGUUGCUUCUGUAUACUGAUGGAUUUAAUUGCAGGAAAUCGAGAAAGCCAAGGAAAAGGAUGUCUAUCAACGUUAUUGCACUGAAGUCCAAAAGACCGCUCGUCAAAAUGGAAUCCAUCCACGCACUCCUAACAAGUACAUCAACUAUUCGAGGAGGAAUUGGGACGCUCAAAUCCGUCAAUGGAAACGCGCUCUCUACGCUUGGGCCGGUGAAUCUUGUCCAUCCUCGGUGAACACGUCCAGAGCUUCAUCGGUGUGCGAAUUCCGCGACAGUGAGGAAGAGAAUACCCAUAAGGAAAUCAAGCAAGUCAUCAGGACCUACGCCUCGGUCCUGGACAAUCCCGACAACAUGGCCUCUCUUCUUGGGCACUUCGACAUGAACACUCGAACUCAAGUCACUCUCAUGGCCGACGAGUCAACGCUAAAGGCAGCCAACCCCACCACUAAGGGGCCAAUUGACUUUAGCAACAUGAAGGCACAGUAA